AUGAAAGCCGCAGAUACUAUUCUCUUCGAUAUAUCAAAAAAUGAACUUUUCAAGAUUAAUGAGAACUAUAAGAUGCUUCAUCGGAAAUUAAAAACUGCGUGGAAGGUCAUGAUUAAUCGUGACGAGCUAUCACCUAACAUACUCCAAGAUGUUAAAGUAUUGGUUAUACCAGGGCCACAGAACGCGUUUACAGAUGAUGAAUUGACUGCUCUCAAGACUAUGGUGGAACGAGGAGACUCGGUGCUGGUGAUGAUGACGGAUGGGGGAGAGGAAAGGAUGAACACUAACAUAAACUUUUUCCUUGAGGAGUAUGGAAUUGUCGUUAAUAAUGAUUGUGUUAUACGAGCUCAAUAUCACAAGUUUUAUCACCCGAAGGAAUGUCAUAUAUCUAACGGAAUUCUAAACAGAGCUGUCCAAAAAUAUAUCAUGAAAAUGCCCAACUACAUCAGUGAAUCAGACGAUUUUUUAGAAGACCCACCAACACCUAAUUUUGUGUAUCCGUACGGAGCAACACUGACGGUAAAGAAACCGGCGGCAGCAAUCUUAUCCAGCAGUGACGUAUGUUAUCCUAUGAAGAGACCAGUCGCUGCAAUGUACAUUUCAGAAAAGAGUGCAGGUAAACUCUUCGUCAUCGGCUCUGGACAUUUUUUUGCCGAUCAGUAUAUAGAGAGCGAAUGUAACGACUUCAUUCGAGAACUGAUCUUCAACUACCUCGGCGGUGUCGCUGAUAUACACUUAAACCCUGUGGACGUGGAAGAUCCUGAUAUUAACGAAUAUCGCACAUUAGGCGACACGCUUUGGUUGAGUUCCAUCGUACUCCCAGAGCCAGCGAGCGUUCCGCCUCCUCGACUAGCGCCCUUACAUCCACACGCACUCUUCACUUGGAGACUGUUUUCGCUAAAUCUAUCACAUCUUCCUGAAGUACUAGGGCUGUAUGGAGAGUUAGGAGUCAAACACGAACCUCUCAGAUUAAUAGCGCCUCAGUUUGAAACACCAUUUCCGCCAUUGCAAUUAGCUGUAUUUUCACCAACGUUCAGAGAACCUCCGCCUCCUCCACUGGAACUCUUCGAUCUUGACGAAGCUUUCAGUUCCGAGCGGUCACAGCUGGCUAGACUUGCCAAUAAGUGCCUACAGCCACUAAAUGUGAGGAUGGGUCAAGGUGAUGGUCGUCAAUUGGACAAUGAAUUGGAAUAUUUCGUUCGUGAAUGUGGUCGCUCUGUUCGUCUCUCCCGAGCGAUAUCAUCCGACGAUGCGCCCGCCGGAAAGCAGAUUUUACACCAACUUGCUGUACAACUUGCAACUUUCAAGAAAAUAGCACCGAGAGAUUGAAGCGACAGCCUGUAAAUCGCCCACAUCUGGGCUAUGGCCUCCUUGAUUAAGGAGA